CGCGCGGGGCCCAACCACCCACCCAACCACCCACCCACCCACGGCGCUCACCAUUCUCACCUCCAACAAUCUCCGGGCGGCGAUGGAGGCGGCCGUGGAGGAGUCGACCACCACGGCGCCUGACUCUGCGGGCUCCUCUGCGCCGACACGCGGCUCUCCCUCCCCGCCCGGGUGUCGGAGUUAGAGACGCUGGUCGCCUUCACGAACCCGGAUGGAGAGUUCGUAAAGACCCUUGGACAGGCUAAAGCGUCAGGUCACAUCUGGAAAGCCCUCUUCCAGCUGCCUGUCGACGAGGACGAGUAGAUUUGUACGCAUUUUAAAAUGGCUGCAAAUCCUCCCCAACUGGACUCCGAAUCUAGCAGUGACAGUGACGUGGAGGAUGCUCCGGUCGAGAUCCCAUCAAAGCCCAACGUCCCGUUUAUGCUGAUGGGCACUUCGCUUGCCUUCAGCUCCCGCACCCGUGGAAUUUUUGACAGUCUGGAGACUGCGGCCAAAACCUCUCUCCCCUCUCUGUCCAACGACAACCUGCUCGAUGGCGAGUUCAAGCGACCACCGCCGGCUGCUCGGCCACCGAGGAGUGGUCGAGGCAAGCGGAGCUGGGUGGCGUCCAACGAGACCGCGGGCCGCGAGCCACGCACGCCGCUCGACAGCUUCAACAGCCUCCCUCCACCAGCGCCUGGUGCCACGCCGGACUUCCAGGUCAACCCAUCACGCUGGACGCGCUACUCGCUAGAGGAUGUGGAGGACGACGGCACCAACGUGUCCAACGCCUCGGUAGCGCACGCUUUUCUGAGCGAGAUGCACGGGAGAAACGCGCACAGCAAGGGGUCAGGGUCAGGGUCAGGAAUGACCGACGACGGUGAUGGAGAGAUCGCGUUUAAUCAACCGCUCACAGGUGAUGCUUCCAAGAGGAUCAGGUUCUCUAAGCCAAUGAGGGAGCAGGAGCCAGCGGAGCAUCAGAAGGGCUCAAUUGAAGCAGCCAAUGCAGGGGAUGGAGGAGGCACGUGGGAGCCAAAGGGGCACAGUGCGGGAUCGCUGGGCGUGGACGAGUUUCCAGGGAGAGGAAUUACUCUGCAGCAUUUGGGCGAUAUGGAAAGCCACAUGGCAGAAGAGGAAGAUGCAGAGGACAGUGGAAAGAAACCCAAAAAAGCAAGUGGAACGGGAAGCGGGUUGGCACCAUCUGCGUUCCUCACGAGCAAAAAGAGGAAGAUUGCCAACAUUCGUGCCAAAGAGGGCUCGGAUAGUGAUUAAGAUUGUGCAAAGAAACAUUGCAUUUCAUUGGCUUUGUUUUUGAGUGUUUGGAUUAUAAUUAGCUUUUCUGUUUGUUUUUCCAACGUCGUUUAGCCUUGGUGUCUCCGAUUUAUGGAAACGUUUCAUCAUAGUAAAUGGAAAAUUAAAUGUCCAUUCCCGGAAUAAACAUCACUCAUGAGAAAUGUACGUGAAUUUGUUUUUGAGACUCGUUUGAUUUUAUAUCAGCUUCCUAAAGAAAAAUAUUCUAUUGCAGCAUAUGGAUUAUGGGCAUACACAUGUAAUUCUGCCUUUAAAAUCCAGGUGAUGGUGGAUUAUUCAGAAAUUAUUAUAUGCUUUGAUUCUACUGGAUCGUUUGAGCUACUAGGUGGCCAGGAAGACGCCAAUGCAGCGAGUGGGUUCAUCAACUCAUGACGUUUUGAGUCUUACCCCAUCACCCUCCUGAUGAGUACUGAGACUGAGAUUUCCUUUUGACAUAAGGGGACAUAAGUACCACGUGUUUCAACAGAACAGCGCUUCGUAUUUUGGAAAUGUCGCUCAUAACUGCGAUGCAAAUUUACAAAUUAAAGCGAGCAUUGACGCACUGUUUCGCGUAGUUUUACGUUUCGUCCCGCAAACACUAAUAAGGUUCGGAUAAUAUUGACCGAAAUCAUAUUGCUUUUGGUGGGUGCUGUUCUUGCGUAGCUUAAUUUUAUCGCGCCACGCUUUUAAUUAACCGCACGCAAUACACACCGGUUUCUGUGCAAAUAUUCACGGUAUCUGUUUACAGACGAACCAGAGCAAGAGUCCAUCGUUACAGGGUAGUGGCAGUAAAGGCUCCAAGAGAACGAAAGCUAGGCCAAAGUCUUCCAGCUUGGCCUUCGUUAUAUUGCGGAGGUAAACAAUGCCCACAGAUAACGCUCAUAAUGUAGCCCUUAUUGGAAUCCUAUAUUUAUCAGAGUGACGUAUACGUAGUGCUUGACUAGGCAACAUUAGCAACUUGCAACGGUACACUUCGCUUUGGUCAAAUAAACCUCUCGCUUUUAAUCAA